ACGGAGUAGCGUCGGUGACUGUGAAUGGAACGACGACGCCGACGGCGACGACGCUCGACGUACGAACGCUACGAGGGAAAGAGGACGAGCUGAGAGAAGUCAGUCUGGCCGCGCGCGCCUACGAUCACUGUCGACCGCCGGUUUCACGUCGUUUUUGUCGCACCGGCGCGGCGGGACGAUCGUUUCGAUUUCAAUCGUCCUAUCCUACCAAUUUUCCACAAUUUUCACGCGAGUUUCAUCUAACUUUCGUUUCCAUCAUUUUCCAAGUUAUUACAAUUUCAAGCAUUUUCUUUAUUCCCGUGCUAAGAUAUACAGAACUGAUGAAAGAAUAAGUAAAAAGAAAAUAUAGUCGGCGUCGGUGGUUUUCAUUUCUUUGAUUUACCGUCGCGAUUACGGGCUACAUUCUUGCACGCUCUGUAUCGCGUGGACCACGCGGCAAGCCGCGAAUUUCAAUUACGAGAUUCUAGUUCGUUGCCACCAGGAAUGCUUUAAUUCCUUCACCGUUAUCGCGAUCGACGCCUGUUCCAUUGCCGUUGUUGUUCCAUGGACAAGCUCUCAACGAGCUCUUUUCUAGGAAUGAAAUUCCAUGUGUCGGUCCAGUUGCUGGUGUUCGACAACGCUUGAGCGGAGGCUGCUCGUCUGGCAAGAAAGUAAUUAAACGGGAAUACAACGAACGAGGUUUCGUGACUGGGCAUGCUACUGGCAAACGCGGAGAGGGCUUGUCUGUUACUAACGGCGAUCCACGUUUUACUCGGUGAUAAGGGCACCGACGCGGAGACCUUCACCCUCGGCUACAUCACCGGGUCGAAGAGACGUCCAGGGGACUUGGAGUAUCAGCGUCCUGGUUACCGGAUAUCCGGCGCUAUAUCACUCGCCGUAGAAGAGGUGAACGCGGGCGAGCUAGGUCGACGCGGACACAAGCUCGAUUUCCUGGUCGCGGAAACUUAUGGCGAGGAGGAGACCAGCAUCCUGAUGACCGCUGAUCUCUGGACGAAGAACGUCAGUGCUUAUAUCGGGCCCCAGGAAACCUGCGUUCACGAGGGUAGAAUGGCAGCCGCCUUCAACCUCCCCAUGAUAUCUUACUUUUGCACUCAUCGCGAGUCCUCCAACAAGAAAGAGUUUCCUACGUUCGCCAGAACCAGACCACCGGAUACCCAAAUCUCGAAAUCGGUCGUUUCCGUGCUGAUGGCAUUCAAUUGGACCAAAGUGACGUUCAUGUACAUGAAUUCUACGCUGUUCGAGUUCAAUAAGAUGUCCACGAUCGCGGAGACGAUUUUGUCGUCGUUCGAGGCUGCAGGCGUGACGGUAAACUUUCUUCGUUGUUGGGAAGAACCGUAUCACGUCACACACAUGACCAAUCCGUUCCACGAGCACGUCAGCGAGACGUAUCGAGAAACGCGAAUUUACGUGAUUCUAGGCAAUUAUUACGAGCACAUGGGUCUGCUGAUGGCUUUGGACGAAAAGAAGCUAUUGGAAAAAGGGGAAUACUGGGUGGUCGGCGUCGACAUCGAACAGUACGAUGAGAAACGACCGGACAAGUACUUCCGUGGUUUAUGGCAGAAAAAGACAAACUCAUCGAUUUUGAGAGCGUAUCAAAGCUACUUCAGCGUGGUCGCAACCGCGCCGAAUUACUCCAAGAAUUUCACCAGCCGAGUGAACGAGUACAGACAAAAGCCACCCUUCAACUUCAGCAACCCCCUCGCUAACGUCGGUGGAAUCGUUCAGAUCGUGCCAGAAACGGCGUAUCUUUAUGACGCGGUGCAUCUCUACGAGAGAUCGUUGCUGAAAGCCCUGGACGAGAAUCGUGAUCCACGAAAUGGUCGAGAAAUGGUGGCAACUCUUUACGGCGUUCAUUAUCGAAGCGCCAUGGGGUACAUGGUUUAUAUGGACGAAAACGGAGAUGCUGAAGGCAAUUACACUCUGAUUGCGUUGGACAAUCGGCCGACAAAAGGACACGGUUUAUACCCUAUAGCGUAUUUCGUGGGGAAAGAGAACGGCACGAACCUGCCAAAACUCCGAUUGACCAGAGAUAUUUCGUGGGUCAGCGAUGGGCCACCUAUCGCGGAACCUCAUUGCGGAUACCACGGCGAGAAAUGUAAAUCUCACACGGGAGAGAUCGUGGGUGGAAUAGCAGGAGGAUUUCUACUGAUCAUCGCGGCGGUACUCCUGGUGCUGUACAGAAACUGGAAGUACGAACAGGAACUGGACUCGCUAUUAUGGAAGGUGAACUACAAAGACAUUCAGAUCAAAGAGCAGAAAGACGAUUCGGCUGGAGUCAACGAGGCGCCUACCAAAUGCAAUAGCAAGACGACGACCCAGCCUAUCGUGAGGACCAGUCAAGUCUCUCUAAGCUCAAAUCCAGACGCUGAUUUCCGAUAUUCUAUGAUUUACACGCAAAUUGGCGUCUACAAGGGGCGGAUAUUCGCGGUGAAGAAAGUCCGCAAGAAAUCGAUCGAGAUCACCCGCGAGAUGAAAAAGGAGCUGAAAGUGAUGCGUGACUUACGACACGAUAAUUUGAACGCUUUCAUCGGCGCCUGUACCGACCCACCGAACAUAUGCAUCGUGGUCGAAUAUUGUGCACGCGGCAGUCUCAAGGACAUUUUGGAGAACGAAGAUAUGAAGCUGGAUAACAUGUUCAUGGCGUCCUUGGUCGGCGAUAUAAUAAGAGGUAUGAUCUAUUUGCACGAGUCUGUGAUUAAGUAUCACGGCGCGUUAAGUACGUCGAAUUGCCUGGUGGAUUCACGAUGGGUCGUGAAAUUGGCUGAUUUUGGACUGUACGAAUUUAAAAAGGACGCUGAAUGUGAGCCAUGCGAUGUGAUGAAGAAAUAUCAUGGUUUGCUGUACCGAGCACCCGAAUUAUUGAGAUUCUCUAAAAGCCAAGAACCAACGGCUCGUGACUACCAAAGAGGGGACGUUUAUUCCUUCGGGAUAGUAUUGUACGAACUUCAAGGACGACACGGUCCAUUCGGAAUUAUGGAACUAUCCGAUUCGGAGAUACUGAAGAAGGUGAUCGCGAAUGAACCCGACACCGAGCCGUUCAGACCACCGUUGGGCCAAUUGGAGAACUGUUUCCAGUUCGUGCGGGAGUGUCUGAUAGAGUGCUGGGCCGAGGAUCCUGAGGCACGUCCGGACUUCAAGGUGAUAAGGAACAAACUGAGGCCACUGAGGAAGGGCAUGAAGCCAAACAUAUUUGACAACAUGAUGGCCAUGAUGGAGAAAUAUGCGAAUAAUCUGGAAGCGCUGGUCGACGAACGGACGGACCAAUUGACGGAGGAGAAGAAAAAAACAGACGCGUUGCUUUAUGAAAUGUUACCACGAUACGUUGCCGAGCAAUUAAAGCGAGGACACAAAGUCGAAGCUGAAAAUUUCGACUGCGUCACCAUAUAUUUCAGCGACAUCGUCGGAUUUACCGCCAUGUCCGCCGAGAGUACACCUUUGCAGGUGGUGGACUUUCUCAACGAUUUGUACACCUGCUUCGAUUCCACCAUCGAGAAUUACGACGUGUACAAAGUUGAGACUAUCGGAGAUGCUUAUAUGGUGGUAAGCGGUCUACCUAUACGAAACGGUAUUCAGCACGCGGGAGAAAUUGCCGGUAUGUCCUUGUGCCUGCUGGAUGCCAUUAAACAAUUUACCAUUCGACAUAGGCCGCUGGAUAAGCUGCAACUUCGAAUCGGUAUACAUUCCGGGCCCGUGUGCGCCGGUGUCGUGGGUCUAAAAAUGCCCCGUUACUGCCUGUUUGGCGACACCGUGAACACAGCCAGUCGAAUGGAAUCUACAGGUUCGCCAUUAAAAAUUCACUGCAGUAGCGAAACGAAGCAGCUACUAGAUCAGCUCGGUGGAUUCAGGGUGAUGGAAAGAGGCCUGGUAUCCAUGAAAGGAAAAGGCGAACGUCUGACCUACUGGUUGAUAGGCGAGGAUCCGAUGUUGAGGGAAAAACGAACCAGAGAGCGGGAAAAUCGACGGAACGGUUACGAAAGGAAGAACAGCAGCACGAAUCCUCUGAUACCGCGAAGUUCUUUAAAAAACAAGUCCCUAGUGAGGUCCACCUUCAUCAGGUGUUCCAGUGAAUCACCGAAACGUCUACGUUUCGCCAGCUCCGAUCAGCUGGACCAGAAGUGUUCCCGAACGAACAGCCAAUUAGAAGCAAUAGCCGACAACAGUCCGUGCAAACCGAAUAUCUCUUGUGCAAACAGACUGUCGUGCGUGGAAAAUUGGAGAUCUUCCAGUAAUUCUUGUCCGUGCGUGGAACAGUUGGGGGAGCAAGAAACACCGAUAGACCCGAAGGUAUUGACUCAAAAUCGGCUGCAACCAGACGUUAGAAAUCCACCGGUUCCUAACAGCUGGGGUAUCGGAAACGAGCCGUAUUUCCCGCGAACGGGGGCCAAGAACUUCCGUCUUGGAUCGAGCGGAAUCACAGAGACAACUUGUCGUUCGGCACCCAGCAGUCCCAGACACAGUACUCUGAUCUUAAAUUGUCAGAAGAGAGCGGCACAGUCGAACGAAGAGAUUGACGGAUGGGAUGCUACUGCACCACUGAUUUAUUAUCCGACAGGACGAUUGGAUUAAGGAACUCUCGUCGGCUAUUGAAGAAUUUUAUACGUUCAUUUCGGCUACGACCUGCUCGUCUCGAGCUUAAUCGUAGAACAGUGUUCAUACUGAUCAUGAUCAAAAUACGGUGCUGGCAGAUUGAAGGCCAUCAGAAACAGUGAACAGAAUUUUAGCUGGUGUGAUUGUUUUGAAUUUGUGAUUGGUUUUUCAGUUCACACGGUUCCUCGUUGAUUAAGGAAAUUCAAGGUAGGACGUAUCGAUUGGAAUCUUAUUAUCUGGACGAUCAUUGUUCAAUAUCCUUCGAUCGGAAUGAAAUCACACCAAGAUUUUAUUCCUUAACCCUUUCGCUACUAAAAGUUACUAGCUACUGAUCGAAGAAAUAAUGAAUAAACUUAAUUAAGUAGAAUUUACUACACGUAGGAAUAAUAUCUUUCAAUUGAUAUUAUCAUAGCGAAAGGGGUAACACGAUCAUUUUUCAUACAUCCAUUCUAAUCGAUGUUUCAUCGAACAAUUCAACAGACUGCGAUUGGUCAAUUAACGAACGAACAAUUAACCGGUGAGCAGCAUACGAUUUUAAAUUAUGACUUCCUCCUCGCUCGAAGUACACGUUGUACCAAAGCACACCGCACGUACAAACCAAGAUACCUAACAGACGUAUUUAUAUACAUUAUUUAUAGCAUAUGUAACUUGUGCACUGAAAGCAGCACGUCGUAACGGUAUAUUCCACGCAUUAGCUUAGACAAUCAAGAAGGCUCGUGCUUUUUAUUCUACGUAAGUGUCACUCUAGUCAAUUUGUUUUAGUUCGAACGCACGGUUUUCCUUCGAAUUGAAAAAUGGAAAAAUGAAAAAAAAAAGAAUUUAAUCCACCUCAAGAAAUAUCCUAACUUACCCUAUAGUAUUUAACCGUACUAUUUACCGCCGGCGUUUUUUUUUUUAGUACUUAAGGCAAUUAUUUAUAGAGUAAUAUAUAACAAUGACGAUUUGAAACGUACUUAUGAAUCGUUAUGAAACUAUUUCACGAUAAUGUGUAUCUUCCGCUUAAGAAAACCGAUCUAUCGUAAACGCGACACCGCGGGGAAACAUGUGUAAAUUUAAUUAUCCAUCUUCGAAAUAAAGAAAUCAUUAACGAACCACGAUUAUUUUCCUAUCGAGGGUGAAACAAAGGUCCAAGAUCAUUGCGGUGCUUAUGGUUCUUUUUCUCCCGUUCAAGUGCAACGUCUCUCAUCGACGCGACGGUUGAAACGAAAGCACACGAGCACGAUGCGUGAUGAAACGAUGGUGAUAACGCACCGAGGUUCAUUAAAUUAUUAACAACGAAGAAAUUAAUUGAACGCCAGCCGAGAAACGCAUCUUUCUCUCCUAUGACCAGUUUAUCUGGCGGUGCACGGCUGAACGGCGCGGCAACGCGAGGAGAUCAUCGUGAAAAAUUGGAAAAAAUCGAUCAAAGUCGAUCGUGUCUGAGAGUGUUGGACGAUACACAAACACGAAUGCCCGAUUAAAAUUUACCGAUCAGUCUUUCCAGUCGUGGAUCUUGUGGGACGUUUUAUCGAGCUUAAACGUUUCGAACGAGCAGUACCGAGCGCGUCGAAGAAAGUCUAGUUGCGGUCAUUCAGGGAUGUUAAAAAUCCGCUCGUAUUUUAAACUCGUCGCGAAAUCGCGUCACGUUCUGACAAUCUGUCAAGUUUGUCUGUCGAUUCGUGUUAUAAAUUAGAUUAGAAAGUCCUAGCGUCUGGAUGGAAUAACAAAAGGGGAAGUAACGUUUAACGAUCCCGGCAUACCCGUCAACGUUCCAUUCCAUUUGAAACGCGUGACAGUACUGUUACGUUUAUUUAUAACGAACGUACGGGGUCGCGCGCCAUCCCGAUCGCGAAAACUAUAACUAAAGCCGUUAGUGGCUCGACGG